GUACAUUAGGUAUUUGCUCAUGUGAGUAAAGUCUAACUGCUCUGUCUAUCUAUCUACUGGUGCAGCAGCAAAACAAAUACCGUCCAGUACCUACCGAUCUAAUCACAUCUACCUAGCAACGACGGAACGAAUUAUACACGCACAUGCGACGUGUGCGUCUUGGGUCGGGGCUGUUUGUCUUUUUUUCCCAGCAGGCCACGAUGAAGUCCCUGUUCCUGCGACUGCCACUGCUGCUUCUGCUUCCCGCCACCGCCGUGCACGCGUGCGGAGCUCACGCCGACCACGAGCAGGAAUGGUCCCCCGAGCAGCUGGCUGAGUUGGAGAGGAAGUGGGGAUUUGAAUGGGGAUUCUCCGGCAUAGGCUCGUUUGCCCACCUCAAGCAUGUCAAGUGCCUGACGACGCCGGGCGAGCUGUUCGACAUUGGAAUCAUCGGCGCCCCUUUUGACACGGCGACGAGCUACAGGCCAGGUGCUCGGUUUGGCCCUAGAGCGAUCCGCCAGGCGUCGAGCCGGCAGACGUCGUUCAGGGGCUUCAACCCGCGGGCCAACAUCAACCCGUACCAGAACUGGGCCACCAUCAUCGACUGCGGCGACAUACCCAUCUCGCCCAUGGACAACGCCGUCGCCAUCGCCCAGAUGACGGCCGCCUUCACCGAGCUGGGUCACCGCGGCACCGCGUCGCCGCUGCUGCGCAAGCCCAAGCUCAUCACCCUCGGCGGCGACCACAGCCUGGCCCUGCCCGCGCUAAGGGCGCUGAAGGAGAUCUACGGCAAGCCUCUGCGGGUCUUGCACUUUGACGCCCAUCUCGACACAUGGCACCCGGAAAAGUACCCAUCGGCGUGGCCGUCGGACCAAUCGCACUUCAACCACGGGUCCAUGUUCUGGCUGGCAGGCAACGAGGGCCUACUCGCCAACGCCAGCGCAGGACCAUCAGUGCACGCGGGGCUGCGCACGCGGCUGUCGGGCGACGGGUGGGACGAUUUCGACGACGACACGCGACAGAACUGGGUGCGGCUCAGCGCCGACGACAUUGACGAGAUCGGCACGAGCGGCAUCGUCAAGGCCAUCCUCGAGAGUUUUGCCACUCCCUCCGGAGAAGGAGAGGAGGCUGCGCCCGUGUACCUCUCGGUCGACAUCGACGUUCUAGACCCGGCGUUCGCGCCUGGCACCGGCACGCCCGAGCCCGGCGGCUGGACGACGCGCGAGCUGAUCCGCAUCCUCAGGGGCAUCGAAAGCCUUGACAUUGUCGGCGCUGAUGCCGUCGAGGUCGCCCCCGCGUACCAGGGCGCUGGCGAAGAGACGGCUCUCGCUGCUGCUCAGGUCGUCUACGAGAUUCUUAGCUCUAUGGUCAAGAAGGGCAUGCAAGACAUGGGCAGAACGGUCCGCCCGGGGGAGAGGCACGAUGAGCUGUGAUGUGAUGUGCGUCUCUGGGAUCGUGUAUCGUACAUACGACACCACAUACUGUUUAUUUCGCACCAUAAACGGCUAGAGAGCCUCAGAUCAGGUGGGCAGGUAAGAAUACGUACUUUCAAAGAGCCUCAGACAGUCAGUUUCUGGUUGCUAUUGCUGGCAUGUGAUCCCGCCGAUGAUUCACAGUGUCCAAUUCAAUAUGUAUUCACUCCAGCUCGCACCAGGAUGGAUCUCGUCGCUCGUUGGCCGGUUCAUAUUCAAUAUACACUCGACGCCCGCGCAGCCUGCCUCUACCACCCCCC